GCGCUAUCUGCUUCUAGGUGGUGGGUUGUUUCUACUCUGCUAACGUCUAGAUGCUACGUUGGCAUAUUUUGAUAACACGAGAGCUCUUCUAAGAAAUGAUUUCUUCUCGUCAUUUACGAAUAUUCUUUCCUCUCAGUCGCUGUGCAAGUGCUAAAACUAAAAGCAAGAAACGCCAGCCUCAGUCUCAAGCGGAUCAUUUCCAGACGGAAUCGGAAACAAAACUCAUUCCCUUACCACGUCACAAGCAGGUCAUAGCACAAACGUAUCCAUUGUUACUGGUGAACUCCGAUGGAUCGACGAUUCGAAUUCGUCACAAGUGGCCCCACAUGAUCAUCAAAUUACCUAUCGAUCUGAGCACAUUAUCUGAAGACCAAAAAGCCGAGCGACUGAAGAGGAGAAAGCCACCUGUAGAGGUUGAGGAUAUUGAUGAUGGACUUGACGACGACGACUUCAAUCAGAGACAGUAUGCAGACAUCUUCAAAAAUAGCUGAAGACAACAGCUGUUGUGUCAGGAAAUAGAGUAGUCAUGCUAACUACAUAUUAUAUAAGUAGCUAUAGCUGCCAAUUGCACACGAUGUCUUGUGUCCGACCAUCUAAGUCAUAGUGCAUGCAUACAUGUACAUGAAUGUCAUGUAAAUCGUCGUAACCAAAUAGUAAAAUGCUGACAACAGACUGAAGAAA